GGAGAUCAACCGAGUCGAAGGCCGUUAGAGCGAGCCAUGCACUCUUCUCUCCUUGGCGCCCCUUGUCUCUUGCGCCCCAACUCCAAAACUCAAGCCCUAGAAGAUAUCCAUGGCCGGAUUUGGAUCUCGGAGUGGCCUCAGACGUGGAGAUCGGGGAUGACGAAGGUUAUAACCAUGAGAGACCGGAGCAAGAAUCGGAAACCCACCCAGAGGGGGCGGUACCUCAGCAUCGAGGCGAUCCAGGCCGUCCAGGCCCUGAAGCGGGCCAAGAUCAGCGGCGGCGAUUCGCUGCAUCGCGUGCUCGAAUCGAAGGUCCGGCGUCUGAUCAAGGCGGAUAUGGUUGCCGUUCUCCGGGAGCUCCAGAGCCAGGGCGAGGGUCUCCUCGCUCUCCAGGUCUUUGAAGAGGUUCGGAAGGAGCAUUGGUAUAAGCCUCAGUUAUUGGUGUAUGCUGACAUGAUCAAAGUGUUAGCAAGCAACGAUUUACUUGAAAAGGUUGAACUGAUUUGUUCAUAUCUGAAGAAAGAGCAUUUGGAGGCUGAUACCGAAGGUUUUAAUUUGCUUUUAAAGACUCUGUUGGAGUUUGGCUUCACACAUUCUGCUAUGGACUGCUAUCGCCUGAUGAAGCUGUGGGACAGUGAGCCAGAUGAGUCUACAUUUAGGAUAUUGAUAAAUGGACUUGAAUCCAAGGGAGAAAUGGAUCUUUCAAUUGCUUUAAGACAAGAAGGAGAAAUGUAUUUUGGCAGGCCUCUGGAAUUUUCAGAGAAAACAGAAGAGAUGGCAUCAACUGGUGUUGCUGAGUCUUAGAUCUAUGGAACUCUUUCUGAAGUUCCAAAUUUUGCAAGUGUGGCAAUAAUUUUCGAACUGAGCCAUCAAAAAGGAGGAAGGAAGACCUUGUGCCAUUUCCAUCAUCACACAGUUUACUGGUCCUGUACAGAUGUUGGUGCCUAGGGGAACAAGUACCCAGUGCCUCGACAGACAUAGAACCAGCGAACUGAAGGCUGAUCAAAAUGGGUGUUCUAUAGCAGUACUUUUUCACAAGGAAGAGGAAAAUGUAUAUGUCAUUUAUCAAUAAACCUAGUGGGUGGCACAUGUUGAAGCAGCUCUUGGCAGAGCCCCAAAAUUCUUAACACUUACGGAUCCACAAUCCAGGGAAUGGAAAAGCUCCAGCAUCGCUAGUGCCAAUGGUAUACUCUGCUCCCAGUAGUGUGGUUCUUCCAUGAAAAUGGCGACAUGGGCUAUCUAGUCUGCUGGCUGACUAGGAAACCAAGGAUCUGAGCUGCAAGAGGCAGGGACUAUUCAUGUUAUCAAGCCCUGCUUAAGCUACGUAAUUACAGUAUUUGAAUCAUCCUCAAUCCAGAGUUUAGAAACCUGCUGCUUGGAGAAUGGACAUUCCCAACCAAGCUAUGUCAAACUCUGACUCGAGCGACAGUUACCAGCCAGAGGAGACAACAGAAGCAGCACCUGCCUGGCAUUCAUUUAAAUUAAUUCUGGAAAAGCCUGGCUGAGGGGGUACCUGAUGAACAAUACAGGCUAACCAAAGGGAAGAACAACAAAGGUACCUAGAAAUCAAGCAUUUUUACGUAACUAUACAAUGUUAUGCAUGAUAACCUUCAUUCUCUUUCAUGAAGGCUUACACCAUCUAUAACUUUAGACACUGAAGAAGAUUAUUAUUCACCAAUCACCGUGCAAUCACUGCUGUUUCUUCAGAAAUGAUUGAUGUAUGUGCUGGAAAGUUAAACCAAGUUUCAUCAUAGUCCCCAUCUUCAAGGUUCUUAUUCCAAUGCCAAGUAGGGUUUAAAUGAUUUACAAUUGUGGGCUCACAGUAACAUUUCAUUGGAUAUAUGCUGCUGUAAGAGAUUGACUGCAAGCAAGAUUGUUUUACGUCUACUGCAGUUUACAUGCAUCAUCUAAAAGCAACUUCACUUUCAAAAAGGUUAGCCGUAGCUUAUUGGAUCAAUUGUUUGAACUGAUUAACUCCAGCAACAUUAUCCAGAUUUUCAAUAAAAAAUACCAAAAUUAUGCAAAUACUGUAUGAUGAUUAUUGAAAAUAUGAACUGUCCUCCGGGUGGUAAGAAGCCAUACUGGUUAGUUGACUUCAUGUGAUACAAACUGUAAGAUAAAAGGCCAAAUUAGAAAAGAAAGCUUAAAUAUGAUAUUCAAACUGACUGGCUCUCUGUUGAAGACCAUAAGCAUAGGUCUGCUGAUUCUUGAUUUCUUUGAGAAACUAGAAGAGAAAAUCACGCAAUAUGGAUGAGAAAAGAAUUAAAGGAGAAAGUGGACAGCGGCAUUGUGGAGGAGAUGGGAGUGGUGGUCAAGCGAUCGAACCUCCUCUCCUCGGGAGGACCGACCCCACGAGCCCCAGCCCUUCCAUCACCACCAAAUUCUUUCCCUUGAUCCCUCGUUCACGGUCAGAUGCAUGGAAUCAUAGUCUGCCUAAUGUUUUUUUUUUAAUUUUCAUUUGUAUUUGUUAUGGUGGCUCCUGCUGCAUACUAAUUAUCAAAUAUAAAUGAUGAUUCAAGGCCUUAUCUCACAAUUAACUCCUGUAAAUUGCAACAGUCCUAUUAUGCCAUGCUUUUCGUAACUUUAACUGUGAUUGAAGCUAUAUGAUGGAUUGUUUGUAAAUCAUACUUGAAGGUUUGCCUUCUGAGUAGAUCUAUUUAAUAGACUUUUUCUCCUAUGUCA